GUCGAUUUCGUCCGCCUUUACUUUCGCACCUUAACAGCUCUCUUCCUUCGACACAACGCACCAUUUACAAAUCACAUCGCACUCUACACAGUCGACCCCUUUCACAAGUACAAUUGUAACUUGCUACCUCCAAUGCCUCCCAACAUCCCCACCAAGUCUCCCCCCAAGAACUGGCUUGAUAUCAAGAAGCUUCGUCUAGAAUGGAUCAAUACCAGGAUGCCCCUUCCAGGCCAAGAUUUUCUCUACCGAGUCGCUGAAGAAGUCCUCCGUCGCAUGGGUCCGGAUACUUACAUCGUUGCGCUUGCUGGUAUCGAGGACUGGGGCGACGUUAUGGAGAACGAGACAUUCCACACUUCUAUCUGGCACUACAAUGGCGCUUUCGAUGAUUGCAUGGAGUAUGGAGUUGCGGAGGUUCUUCAUGCUCGGGAUUAUGAGACGUAUAAGCCUAUUGCGCGCAAGUACUUCAACUUCCCUGGUGCAAUGGCCUCCUCUCUGACCACUUGCCUCCUCCACGAGCGCCGCGAGUGCUGGAAAGUCCUACAAAAGCACCCUCUCUUCUCCUACUUCAAGAACGCCUACCACAUCAAGCUCUGCCUCGUCAAGUUCUUCAACACCCGCUACACCUCGCUCUUCGCCGACAUCACUGGUGCGCACAUCACUCUCGACUCCAACGGCGUUUACGGAUCGACGACCUCCCUCCGUCUCCCGGAUGAGUAUCCCGAGUUCUCAGAUGUCAGCAAUGAUUUCUACACCGCGAAGUUUCGCCUAGGAUACCAAACUGAGGAGCAAUCUAAGAAGGAGAAGGAGGAGGCAAGAUUGGACUGGAGAAAGAUGACCGAUGAUAUGUGUUUUCGCUGGAGCUGCGGCUCGGAGGAGAAGCUCUUUGUUCUUAAUGCUAUGAUUUGGCUUCGCUUGUUGCAUGCUGCGAACCCGAACCAACAGUCGUUGAAGGAAAUGCUUGUACUUCUGUUUGGUGAGGAGGAUAUCGAGGAUGAGGACGAUGAUGUCAAGGCAGAGGAGAAAGACGAUGAUGCGAUUUCCGACGUGUCUUCUUGUGGUGGUGUCAAAGAUGCCGGAGAUGAGGAUAAGAAUGUUAAGGUUGCCUCGGAGAGUGAUGUUAAGACGUUCUUGGGAUAUGGAGAUAGUAGGACGAGACCAGCUACUAACUCCGAGGGUCUCACUUGGGAUGGUAUCUUGGAGGGAGUAAAGGCACACUAUGUAUGCUAAGGG